GGUGGAGUCUACAUCCCAUCGCAGCUCUGCGGGGAAGGAGUAGGACUGUUUUUAUUAGUUUCUCAUCGACUAUUUGUUACCGCCAAGGCUUCGAAAUACUCAAUAAAGAUGACAACGACAACCAACUUUAAAGGAAUGGAACCUGGUUCUAAAAGCAGUUCCAGGGUACUACGACCGCCGGGUGGGACUUCCAGCAUCUCCUUCGGUGCAGACGACAACUCGUCUCCCCGCAAGGACAAGAUGGUCUCCAACAUCUUUGCAGAGCCUGAAGACAUCUAUGCUCAUCGGAGGAACAAUCCACCCAGUGGCAAAGCCGUAGGAACCCUGUGUGGGGAACCCUCAGCCCCACUGAGGCGAUGCAAGCAGGCGAUUCUCUUCCCCAAGAACCUCGAGCCGGAACUGACCACCAUCCACAACUCCGGGGCCGCCUUUAUCUGGAACCAGAAACGAGAGGUUGAAAAUGGUCAAGAACGAGCAAAUACUGAGAGCCCUGACAAUGGGGAGGCGGAGCCAGAGGAGCAGGAGCAGGAGCAGGAGCAGGAGCAGGAGCAGGAGCCGGAGCAGGAGCAGGAGCAGGAGCAGCCGAAGGAGACGACACAGCCCUCUGCCCCGUCGGGAGAUGCCAACGUGGCCACGGGCAGCCGGAGAAACCCCCCCGGUGGAAAGUCCAGCCUCAUCCUGGGUUGAGAGCGCUUGUUGUUUUGUUUGUUUUCAUUGGAACGCUUUUUUUAUUUUUUAAAAGAUAAAUACCCCCGCCACUCUCUUCGUCCUCGUCCACCUGUCACCUUCUUCCCUACUUCACAUGCACUCACCGCCGUCACGUCCGUGGACCCCGUGUCCUCUUCCGCCACCCUCAAACCUUCUGUUUUGAUCCUUUUUUCUAUUAAAAUCAGAAAACUGUUGACAAAAGCACUUUAUGUAUCUCUCUCUCUCUCUCUCUCUCUCUCUCCCUCUUCCAUUCCCGCCCAUCCCGUAGUGCAUCGCGCCUGCUGGGAAAGGCAUGACGUUUAGCUUGUCCUUCACUCGUCCCUGUUGUAAAUGCUAAAGGAAAAAAAUAAUUAAAAGAUUUGAUGCGUGGAUUUCUAAAUACAAUAAAGAUUGAUAUGAAUUUA